AUGGCUCUGCGUAAAGAUGCGCACCAGCGUCUCAUCCUCGCGCGCUCCCCGUUAAACUCCUCCCCACCCGCGUCCCGGUCCAUCACGGCUGGCGGACCGGACAGCAGAGCUGGUGGUGGUGCCCGCGUGAACAGCUCCGGUUCGCCGCGCUCCACUGGGAAUUACGCACCGGGAACGGAAGGAUUCUCAUUCGGGAACAUCAUGGAGCCCGCGCCACCAGAAGAAGCGCGUGGAGGGGGGUUCACCCCCAGUAAAGAGGGUCUGAAACAGCUCGCGGGGAAGACGUUGGGGCACAUGUACAGGGUGCUCGAGAAGCGCCAGAAGACGGGAGACAACAUCGAGCUCACGGAGGACGGCCGCCCCGCCGAGCAGCGCGUGAAGAAGCCGCCUCUGUGCGACUGCACGUGCUGCGGGCUCCCGCGGCGCUACGUCAUCGCCAUCAUGAGCGGGCUCGGGUUCUGCAUCUCGUUCGGGAUCCGGUGUAACCUGGGCGUGGCCAUAGUCGGCAUGGUGAACAACAGUACCGUACACCGCAACGGGAAGAUCAUAGUCACGGAGAAGGCCAAGUUUAAUUGGGACCCGGAGACGGUGGGCAUGAUUCACGGCUCGUUCUUCUGGGGCUACAUCGUCACGCAGAUACCCGGGGGGUACAUAUCCUCGCGACUGGCUGCUAACAGGGUGUUCGGAGCGGCUAUAGUGCUGACGUCUAUAUUGAACAUGUUGAUUCCGUCGGCAGCUCGUGUUCAUUACGGACUCGUGAUCUUCGUCAGGAUACUACAAGGACUCGUAGAGGGCGUGACCUACCCGGCGUGUCAUGGCAUCUGGAGUAAGUGGGCUCCGCCCCUCGAGAGAAGCCGAUUGGCUACCACAUCAUUCUGUGGCUCCUAUGCGGGUGCGGUGAUCGCGAUGCCGAUGGCGGGGAUCCUGGUGCAGUACACCGGCUGGUCAUCAGUCUUCUACGUAUACGGGUGCGUGGGGAUCUUCUGGUAUAUGUUCUGGAUCCUGGUGUCGUACGAGAGUCCAGCGGAACAUCCGACCAUCACGGAGGAGGAGAGGAACUACAUCGAGGAGAGCAUCGGAGAGGGCGCCAAACUACUCGGACCCAUGGAGAAGUUCAAGACCCCCUGGCGUAAGUUCUUCACCUCUAUGCCCGUGUACGCCAUCAUCGUGGCAAACUUCUGCAGGAGCUGGACAUUCUACCUGCUGCUCAUCAGCCAACCGGCCUACUUUGAAGAAGUGUUCGGGUUCGAAAUCAGCAAGGUGGGCAUGCUCUCGGCGUUGCCUCACCUGGUGAUGACGAUCAUCGUCCCGAUUGGUGGACAGCUGGCCGAUUACCUGAGAACCCACAACCUCAUGAGCACAACCAACGUACGCAAGAUGAUGAACUGCGGAGGGUUCGGUAUGGAGGCUACCCUUCUCCUGGUGGUGGGCUACUCGCACAGUAAAGGCGUGGCCAUCUCGUUCCUCGUCCUCGCCGUCGGAUUCAGCGGAUUCGCAAUAUCAGGCUUCAAUGUCAAUCAUCUGGACAUUGCUCCGCGAUACGCCAGCAUCCUGAUGGGCAUAUCCAAUGGGGUGGGGACGCUCAGCGGCAUGGUCUGCCCUCUUAUAGUGGGGGCCAUGACCAAGAACAAGACGCGAGAGGAGUGGCAGUAUGUGUUCCUGAUCGCCUCAUUGGUCCACUACGGGGGCGUGAUAUUCUACGGACUCUUCGCGUCGGGCGAGCAGCAGCCAUGGGCGGAGCCAGAACUGACGAGCGAUGAGAAGGUGGGCUUCAUAGACGAGGACGAGCUCGCCAUGGAGACGGGUGACAUCACAAUGGGCUACACUGGCCGUAGCUACGGGGCAACCAAUCAGAUGCAGGGGGCGGGGCCGGCUGCAGCAGGGGGGCAGGCCAACUGGGCAGACGCAUGGGACAAGACGGAGGAGUACGUGCAGGACGGAUACAACUAA